AUGUUCCAUGGAUUGCCAAGUGAAGACCCCAUUGACCACCUUGAUGAGUUUGAUAGGCUUUGUGAUUUGACAAAGAUCAAUGGUGUCUCUGAAGAUGCCAUCAAGCUGAGACUCUUUCCUAUGUCUCUAGCUGACAAAGCUCACCAAUGGGAGAAGAGCUUGCCCCAUGGCACAAUCACCACUUGGGAUGAAUGCAAGAAGGCCUUUCUUGCUAAGUUUUUCUCCACCGGUCGCACAGCCAAGCUUAGAGAUAUCCAGCUUCAUCCAGCGAACAAUGAGACAUUCGCAGAGGCUUGGGAGAGGUUCAAAGGCUACACAAGUCAGUGCCCACACCAUGGAUUCAACAAUGAAUCACUACUCUCUACUCUUUAUAGAGGAUGCUUGCCUAGGUAUAGGGAGAUGCUAGACACAGCUAGCAAUGGGAACUUCCUCAACCAGGAUGUAGAUGAUGGCUGGCAACUUGUGGAGAACAUAGCAACUCAAAUGGAAGCUAUGGAGAAGAGUAUGAUCGCACCAACCGGAGCUCGACCCACCACUCGAUCGAGUCAGAGAAAUUGA